AUUGGGUUUAAGUGGGUACAGGCUGUACAGCGCGGCCCACGCCGCUGCCAGGCGCUCAGGCAGACAGUUGUGUGUUUGCUGUCGACAGUGUGUGUGUACUUCUUCAAGUUAUCUCCGACAGCAAGUGUAGGCAGCGAUGUUGGCGGAGGUACUUCUGUUGUUGUUGUUGUUACUGCUGCUGUUGUACUACUCGAACAGGGAUUCCAAAGGCCUUCCUCCAGGUCCCCGCCGGUACCCCAUCAUCGGGACGAUCCCCGUCACCACAGCCAAACAGGUGGAGGAACUCCGCCAGAAAUAUGGCGACAUUAUAAGACUUCGAUCCGGUAAUUGGGAAAGCAUCUUACUUUGCAACUACAAACUUAUUAAAGAAGCUUUUUCUAAGAUUGAGUUCAGUGAUCGACCCAUGCUGAAAGUUUUUCAUUUUCUCUCAGAAGGAGAAGAGGCAGGUGUGAUCUUCAGGAGCGGGCCGUCGUGGCUCACACUCAGACGGUUCUUCCUGCGUCACCUGCGUGACAUGGGAAUGGGUAAGACCCGGAUGGACGAUGUUAUCCUGACGGAGGCUCAGGAACUGGUCGAUGAUAUCCGCAAUUACACUGAGAAGCCCACACACUUCCCUCCUCCAUCUCUCAAAAUCGCCAUCCUUAACGUCAUCUGGCAGCUGGUGGCAAGUCGACGAUACAACAUUCACGAUGAAGAAAUUUCGGAAUUCGCCGGGUUUAUUAGCAGUUUCCAAGACGACCUGGCAAUAAUGGUUCUUUUUGACAUCUUUCCAUGGCUCAAUUAUCUACCAAGCGCCAUCCGGAGACGACUCGUCAAUGAAGAUAAAUUAGACUGUGGAGUAAAGAAAGCCAACAAAUUAAUGAAGGAAAUCAUCGAGGACCACAAAUCUAGCUUGGAACCAUCCAGUCCCCGGGACGUGAUUGACGAGUACCUGCUGGAGAUGGAAGCCCAACAAGAUAAUCCAGACUCAGUGUUUACUGAGCUAGACUUAAGGAAAGGGAUUUUUGACCUAUUCGCGGCGGGCUUCGACACGGCCUCCAACAUGAUACUGUGGGUGUGUCUCCACAUGGCCGACAAGCCUCACGUCCAGCAGCGCAUACAGCAGGAAAUGGACGAGGUGGUGCCCCUGGACACCUUACCUUCCCAUCAGCACAGGUCUCAACUGCCCUACCUGGACGCCACCCUGCAUGAGGUCCAUCGCGUGGCGUCUCUUGCCUCAACAGGUGUGCCCCACUGUGCGGCUCAGGACAUGUACCUUGGAGGAUACCUUAUUCCCAGGGGAACGAUGGUGAGCGGCAGUAUCGCGUCGUGCCAUAGUGACCCCCAAUACUGGGACCAUCCUGAAGAGUUUAGACCAGAGAGGUUCCUGGAUGAAUCUGGCAAGCUCAAUGUACCGAAGGAUGGUUUCUUACCAUUCGGAGUCGGUAAGAGGAGGUGCCUGGGGGAGGCCCUGGCGAAGAUGGAACUUUUCAGCUUCUCGGCUGCGCUUCUGCAGAACUUUACCUUCUCCCCGUUGGAGAACUCCAAGGUUGACCUGGACUACCGGCCGUUACCCAACCAACAAUUCCCAAAGCCCCAGGACCUCGUCAUCACCGUCAGGAAGUAAUUAGUACAAGCAAGGAGGAAGAGUAGUUCAUCAAAACUUCCACCCAGCAAAAGAAAAUGGCAUAAGGCAGUGGUGGAACUUAGGCGAGUUGAUACAUACAAUAUUCAUGUCAAAGGUGCGAGGAGUGUCUUUGGUAGGGAAGGGGAAAAUUCUUAAAUGUCCAACAGUCAAGAUACAGACACAAUAAUAAAAAUCUCAGAAAUGUUUCAAGCCAGAUAUUCAAACGUCGAAAAAUGGAUAAAGAAAGUGUCAAUAUGUUUAAAUGAUUUACUUUGGUGAAGUGUAUCAUUUAUAUCCUAACUUAUUAUUUUAAGAUAUUUUAGCAAUGUUCAGUGUUUUAUAAUCUACCUGUACCGUCUAUGUACAUUAUGCAUCUGUAUUUUCUAAAUACACAAUGGUUCGAUGUAAACUUGUAUGACGAUUUUAUUAAAUAAAUAAUUAUCUAUUAAUCCCCAUCUUAAACAUACUCUAAAAUCGCAUUACAUAAUAUACUCUUCGCUGUUAUACUACACAGCGUUUUAUUUCAGUGUAGGUAUAAUAUUUGAGUUUUCGUACAGUAUAACCACUACUAUGUUUAACAUAAUUCCAAACAUAAUGUGGUCUUGAAUGAGAGCAACCUGCCAUGUUGGAAUGUUAUUGACGGUGGAAACACUCUUGUUGUAUCAUAAAAGAUGUUCAUACGGUUUCUAUUCGUGGUGUGAUACAGUUCUAAAGUUCUAUAUGAAAAUUACAAAAGAUUGACCCGCGGUUUAAAUUAAGAGACGUAAGAAAAAUGAAAAUCGAGUCUUACUUAUAUUUUAAAACUUUUUUCAGUAUUCGUGGAUUCCACACACACACACACACAUAUAUUAUCAGUACAACUGUGCCCAUGACAACUUUACAGUCACUUAACGAAUAGUAAACGUAAAGCUGGCGGGCAACUGAAAAGGUACAGGGAUAGUCUUAAGACAAACCUGAAAAAGUGCCACAUCGACCCCUUCAUCUGGGAGACGAUUACUCUACACCGCUAAACUUGGAGGACCACCACACGAGUAGGUGUCAAUAUUUUCGAAUUAGCUCGAUUGCAUACCGAGGCAGACAAGCGCCCCUCCCGCACUAGAUGUAGCCCUACACACGUGCAAUAUCUGUGGAAGUCCCCUGCCGGUCACGUAUCGGCCUCUCUAGUCACCUCAGAGCUCACCAACUGUACUGACCACGGUCGUACAUAUUAAAUAACAUAAAGUCAGACGAUUAUUUUACGCUCAGUAGCCCAUAAAACAUGUAGCUGUGACUUUUUUAUCGAGUCCCCCAGUUGAGACAUACGUUUUUUCACUGCUUCAGCAUGCCUGAGUCCUCCGUUUUCUCUCACGUACCUCAGAGACUCAGAUAUUUCUUAAUACCUCAGAUGGUGUUCAGAGAUUUGAAAUUGAGAGUGAAUGCAUAUGUUUUACAUUAAGUUAGAUUUCUGAUUACAGAUAAAGUGUCAUGGUCACAUUGACUGCUGGUCUGUUUUAAACCUGUUGAUUCUUAUUAUACUUCACGCCCGCAAAAAAUCCCUUGGAAGAAACGCGUUUUUCCCUCUCAACGUUUUACACCAAGGCUCCCUCCGUAAGUCCCGUAAGUCCCGCCUUGUGAACACCAUUGUCAAUACGUAAUAUUACGUAUAUUCUACUUUCUCCUGGCAAGCUCAAUCUUGAAUUAGUUGGUGUAAAUCAACUUAGUAAUUCGCUAGACCCGCGUCAACUGAGGGUCAUCUUUGAAUGUGUAACAGUGGGUUUGUAAGUAAUUUUUGUCAUUGUGUGAGUAGCCACCUCUGGCAACUCACGGGUAUAAAAACCCAUGCCGAGGAGGGAGACAGCCUCCCAUAAUGCUUCUCCAUGUCUCAGGUAUGUAGGCGUGUGUUCCCCGCCAAUAUAGCCAUUCAGUUUGACUUAGUCAAUUUUGUGAGUAUCAGUGUUCAUGUUGUAACAGUAAAAUUGUCUUUUAUUCAGUGUAAGAAUUACUGGUAACAUAAAUGUCGUCUGACGUUGCGAGACGAAAGAUUUGUUGUGAUUGAGUCAUCACGGUGCCUCCCAUGACGCUUGUCCAACUUUGUCUCAGAUCCAGUGUGUGGGUUAUUUGAACACCCCACCUGCUGCCCGGAGACGGUGGAUACCUAGCAGUUAGCUAUAUGGGACGAUGUCGCCGAUUCGGCCGUAUUAAACUGAUCCAGUCAACAUCGUGGGGCUAGACCCCAGACUCUCGCCACGUGUUCGACUACCACCAAUCAUAACAGUGGUCGUCAGUUGUGAGACGCCAGUGUCCUACCCUGGAACACGCCGUACAGUUAUAUGGUCCACAGUGUUUGUUGUAUAUGAUUGGGGAUAAUUAUCUGGAAUAUAUUUAUCCCAUGUUGGGUAGUGAACCCAUGUAAUUUGUUGGUAUCAGUAAUAACGUGUUGUGAAUGCAUCUCAUAUGUACUAAAAACAGUCUAGUGAAGUAUCAGAUGUAAGUUUGUCUGGUAAUGUAAUGCAAUGCCAUGUAACACCAGUAAUGUUGUAAGAAGCGAGAAUAUCUGAUGGGAAUUGCAGUUGAGUAAAGCACCUUGGAGUUGUAUGUUAGUGCCACCUUUUUCCCUGCUUUAAUUUCAUAUUAAUAAACCAUUUAUUAGAGUAUA